CGCCAUCAUAAUAAAGAAAAUCAUUUCAUUUUGAUUUUUGUGACUGACUGAGCCGAACCGUUUGCUGUCGUAAUUCUGACCUUUUUUUCAGUUUGUAAGGAUAAAGAGAAGAAAAAAAGAUGGGUGUCUGGUUAAUGGAUCACGUUCGCCUCCUGAGAAAUGAAGGACUCUUCGGAAAUUUGUCUAUUUUGGCCAACUUGGUGAAGACGGCUUGUGAACAGAAUACUGAAUUGUUAACCGUGGCUGAGAGAUACCAACUACUGGUCUUUUAUGCAGAUGCUUUGUACGAAGAACAAGAAUGCAAGAGGGCUGAGGGAAUGUACCGCAAGGCCCUGCAGCUGAAAAAGAUGAUCAACAAGUCAAAGGUGAAGGGUCAAACACAAACCAGCCAACAAGCAGACGACAACUUGCCCUCGGAGCUAGAUGUCAGGUUCCGCAUCUACCAGUGCCACAAUAUUCUCAAAAACCACAGAGAGGCGCUCGCUGUGCUUGAGAGUAUCCCUGCUAAGAUGCGAGAACCCAAAGUCAACAUGGCCCUUGCUAAGCUCUAUCAGAAGAUUGGAAUGGAACGAUCAGCUAUCUACGGGUACAAGGAAGUACUGAGGCAAUGUCCUCUGGCACUUCAAGCUGUUCUGGGUCUUCUCUCUCUGGGUGUUCGAGGGACGGAGGUGGCUGCCUUCACAGCUAACAACAUGCCCAGCUCAGCCAACAUGGAAUGGCUAACCUUCUGGUUGAAAGGCCAUGCUUACAGCACCAGUAAGGAGUAUAGCAAGGCAGUCAGCACCUUUAAAGUACUAGAGACUGGGAGUGUAUUGAGGGAGAACACAGAUGUUCUCUGUUGUUUGGCAGAGAAUCACUUCAUGUCCGGUGACAUGAACACAGCAUCUACCAUCUACCAAAGGGUCCAUUCACUGGAUCCUCAGUACCUGAGAGGAAUGGACAUAUACUCUUACAUACUCUACAAAGAAAAGAAAGUCAAGCAGCUACAGAGUCUUUCCUUAGAGCUGAUGGAGGUGACGGACAAGAGAGGCGAGCCUUGGGUUGCUAUGGGUUACUACUGUCUCUGUCCUUCUGCUGGUUCAUCCAGAUAUGCCAGGGCAGUGUACUUUGCACAAAAGGCUUAUCCACUGAAAGGAGGCAAGGUGCAGGCCCUACUCCUCAAGGGUAAGGGGCUCCUAGAGAUGAACAAGGUCCCGGAAGCUACCCUGCAUUUCAGAGAGGCUGUCAGAUGUGCUCCUAGCAGAUUUGAGGCUCACGAAGGUUUGGUUGAGUGCUACGUGAAGGCCAGCAGGAUACGAGACGCCAUCACAACUUUCACCAACUCUGUCAAGGUCCUAGGCAACAACCCUCGUACUAUCACCUUCCUUGCUUCUCUGCUGGCCAGGGAUAGACUGUCUAUGGAUAAGGCUAAAUCACUUCUUGACAAAAUGCUACUUCAGGAUCCCAACUACCUCCCUGCCAUCUACCUCAUGGUCGACAUACUCAACGAAGAACAGAAAUACUCAGAUGCUAUUAACCUAAUUCGUAAGCAGUUGGAGCAGCAGAGUACGAGUCAGCUCCAUCAGAUGCUAGGUGAUUGUCUAGCACUCAACACUGAACCUCAGGAGGCUCUUGAUCAGUACAGUAUAGCUCUCAGUAUGGAUCCUAACAAUGACAAGGCUCUCCAGGGGAUGCACAAGGUAGAGAAGUCAAGCGAUAGUCUGGAAGCAACGGCAGAAGAUGACAUGGAUGCUAUAGAGGAGAGUGGAGAGGACGUGGGAGAGUAUGAGAACAGUGACCCAGAAGGCUCAUGGGUAGAUAAUGAGUGGUUAAGCUGAUGAGACCUCUCCCCCAGAUCCAGUAAGAGAGUGAGAGAGAGAGAGAGAGAGGGAUCGGAAUGAGCAAUUCAUUCUUACUGGACACCAAUAAUACUUCUGUUGGAACCCAUCAGAUAUGAGUGGUGAAGGACGAUGAAGCCUGGCAUCAACCAAGUGUUCGAUUUAGGUAGCUUAGCCAAAUGUAUUGGAAUGUAAAGACGCCUCUGGGGGGUGUUUUACAAAGAUCCUAAGUUGGACUUAACAAGUAUGGAAAGCCA